AUGUCUGACCGCGAGUUUGGCGGCAACGAUGACCUGUCGCUGCCAAAGGCGACCGUGCAGAAGAUUGUACAAGACAUCCUGGCGACCGAGCCGGGCAUGACCUUUGCGAAGGACUCACGGGACCUGCUCAUAGAAUGCUGCGUCGAGUUCAUCACGCUUAUAUCCUCCGAAGCCAAUGAAAUCGCCGAAAAGGACGCAAAAAAGACAAUAGCCUGCGAGCACGUCAAGGCGGCGCUCGAAGAGCUGGACUUUGGUGAAUACGUGCCUGCCAUCCUCGAGGUUGCGCAAGACUAUAAGAAGCAACAGCAGAACCGCGAGAAGAAGCAAACCAAGAUCGAGCAGAGCGGCAUGACCGAGGAGGAACUGAUUCGCGCGCAAGAAGAGCUUUUCCGCUCGGCCACGGACAAGUUCAACUCGGCUCCCUCGUGA